GGAGAAGGCCUCGCUUUUUACCAGCAGCACUCGCCCUUGCAGCACCGUCGAGCACCGCAUAGUACCACAGUUAACAAAGACUACUUGUCGACGCAAUGCAAGUCUCUCUGUACAAAUACUCUGCCAUCAGCCUGGCCUCUACUUUACUAGGACUUAUUGUGAUUGCAUCAAUCAUCACUACUGCACACAGCGGUUCUCCUUUCCCUCGCUGUGGUCCCUGUUUGCAGGGAAUGUGUGUUAAUUCACCUGAUGAGUGUCGCUAUGGCUACUUCCACGAUAGCUGCGGUCGCAUUGUCUGCACCAAGGUUGUCUAUGAUUUCUUUGGUAUUGAUGCCUUGUCCAAGAGACCACGGUCGAGGAAAAUUCGUGCCUUUAAAGGUCCCGAUGAAAAGUGCGGAGGUCCCUACGAGUUCUACGGUCGGUGCGGCCACGGUCUGGUGUGCAAAUGCAAUCUGUGCGUCGGUUGCUCGACAGAGAACAUGGAGUGCUCGGCCAACAACAACCCGCAGUGCUAAUCGGCCGUGGACGUUGCUCGCACGACCAGAUCUCACAAGAGAGGCUUGUCCGUAGCCAAAAUCAGUAUUAGCCACCGGACACAUCUCACCUUUUCCAGCAAGCCUCCAACACGACCUCCAACGACUCAUUAUUUGCAUUUGUUUUUCUCAUUCACUACUCCUCUCUUUCAUAUAAUUAAUUGCACAUAAUACAUUUUCGGUGCUGUAUACUUGUGUACAUGUUAAGCCUAAAAGCGCAAACUUUGUUGAUAUAAAUUAUUAUUGUUAAAACAUACAAUUUACAUUCUGAGGUGUAGAACUUCCAAAUAUUAUUUGCAACACAAACGCAGUUAUAAAUAUACAGAUAUGUGUUCAAUUCUUUUCUGUGAUGUUCACUAUAAUUUAUACCCCACAACAUGUGAGAUGGCAUUUAAUAAAGACAGAUCAAAAACAA